UUGCAUAAACUGUGGGACUACUCUGAAGGGUUCACAAUGAAACAGUGGAAUGUGAUGUCAUGUAUGUUAGUUAUACUGUUCCUGGUUCUUCAGCGUUGCAGCACAGCUGAACAGAAUAUGUUUCAGCUUGAUGUCCAUGACAAUCCCAGGCACUGUGAGAAUCUGCACCUGGAAUGUGGCUUUGGACAGUUUUUCCACCCCAACAAUGCCACCUGUUGUGAAGGGCACUUAACUUUUGGGUUGAGCCAGGGUGCAUCGCAGUGCUGUCGGGACCAAGCCUACAACCCUCUCAACGAACAUUGUUGCAAUGGCAGGGUGCACAUCAAGCCUAAGGGUCAAGUCGACUGCUGUGGUUCAGAGCUGUGGGACCAACACACCCAGCUGUGCUGCGGUAAAGAGAGGAAACUGCUGGACAGAAUGACUGUACACAGCAAAUGCUGCGGAGUCGUUCGAUUUGACAAACGGAACGAGACUUGCAACGACACCUUGGAUGUGGAGCCCCGUACUUGCGGCACAGAGUCCUGGGACGCAGAGAAACAGUUGUGCUGCGGCCCUGAACAAAAGAUACUGAACAAAAUUAAUGAUCAGAAUCUAUGCUGCAGCUAUGAUCAAUACGACCCCAAAACACAGUGUUGCACCAACAACUUGAAGGUGGUGUCCCUACAUGAACUGAAAAUCCAGUCCACUGCAGGACUUGAUGCUAAACUGGAAACCUGUGAACCUAAUGAUGUAUCCAGAAAUACAGAGCUGACUCAGGUAAAUCAAAUCUUCAGCUGAAUUCUGUCCUAACCACUCUCUUUACACACUUACCGUGGCCCUAUACAUUCCAGUCAUCGCACAAGCAUUCAUACAAUCUAGUUUACGUAGUAAUCUCCAGGAUUUGCAACAAUGAGGCUAGAUGUAAAUAUAGUGAGUAAGUGCUACUGGCUAUUGCAUCCUUUUAUGAAAAUAUAUUGUUGGAAUGUUUUCAUGCUUUACUGGACAGUUUUUUGAUGAUGUGUGAAAUGAAAGGCAGGGAAAGAGAGAGAGGGAGAGGGGGGAAACACAUGCAAAAAGGGCCAAGGUCAGAUUUGAAGCCAGAUCUUGUAGGGAUCACAGGGAAGAACAGGGCAGAUCCAGUACAGCCGAGUGGGGCAGAACACAGGUGAAGCUUGUAAAGGUUCUCAACUGAGGGAAGUGGUCGAAGGCUGAAUUCAGUCUGAGGUAGUUACUGAGUCUACUCUGCUUUCAUUUCGUAACUGGUGAAAGUUCUUUGGAUACACUAUUUGUGACCUCAAAGUAACUGCUGCGAUCAAGCCCCGCCCUGCCUAUUUCAUCUGGCGUGGCCACUGUUCUCUGUGUGUGUGUGUUUGACGGAGAACUUCCAUUCUUUCGUGUAACUUGUGCUGGGCACUCGACUGCCAUUGCUCAGACCAACCACGUUGGGUAACCAGGGAGAUCACAUCUGUGAAAAGGACAACAACCAUCCUCAAUCUGAGACCUGCUGCAAUGGACACAAGCACAAGACUAUCAGGACCACAUGCUGUGGAACUAAGGACUACAACUACUCAGACCUACAACUAAAGUGCUGUCACGGCAUUCUGUAUAACCUCACCGUCUUGGGCUGGAACCCACAGAAGGCCCAAUGCUGCGGGAGUCUUCUGCUGAAGGAACGAUCUAACUCCACCCAGGAAUGCUGCAUCUCCUCCCAAGGCAGGUCCCUUGCUUACAAAGCCCAGCCAGGACUUUCCUGCUGCGGACACCACUACUACAACACCUCCCUGUGGUCAUGCAUUUCGGAGUCCCUGUUUCCAUUGUGCUCAAGACAGAGAUCCGGCCUGAAAACUGGAGCAAAUAACCAUAGAGGGUCUCAACUGACUGGGAUACAACUUGUAAGGCUAGUGGACUUUCCUCGUCUGGAGCUUUGUGGAAAAGUGUUCCUAGGGACAGUGAAGUCAGCAAAGGACAACAAUCGCUAUGUAGAAAUGGUGAACAUGCUUCAAAUAAACGGGAUGGGAGAGGCUCGAGUCAUGACUAACUCUCCACCAGUUCACUUGCGCCUCUCUGACUCUUCUCGUCUGUUGAUUGGGAAGAUGUACAUGUGGAGUCAAAAUAAGACAUACUUCUCUGAGCUCAAUGAUCUCUCCUCUAUUCACUUCCUCUUCUCCAGGUGCAAUGGCAAGCACUGACCUUCAGCCAACUUCACCAAGUAAUGAAAAAAAUAAAUAAUUACAUUUGUUAAAUGACAAGAUAAGCCCCGAACCCACAUAUGUUUUAAUUAUAUGGUAGGUAGUUUGUGAUAUCAAACGUUUAGGCUAAUGCUACUUAACAAAUGUCUCAAUCUAAAUCACCCCAAUGGAAUGAUCAUAGUCACAUAAAUACAUAGCAGGCUUUAUAGAACAGACCCCUGGAAUCUGUAUGUUUAGAGAAUCCUAAUUAUGUUUUUUUUAUAUAUACAGCAAAGGUAUGCUACUCCCCCCCCCCCCCCCAGUAUAUGAUUUAGGAUCAUAUACUGUAUUUGCAGGAAGCUAUAUGAGAAAGUAAACAAGUCACGGUGUUGAAUGUAAACAAGUUUGAUAUUGCUGGUCAUUUUGCAGGAUCCUCUAGUUGGCCAGUUUUGAAGUAGAAGUCAUCAGAUGAUUUGCAACAUUGAACCAUAUUUAAGUUGAACAGUCAGUUCUCCAUCUCCUCAGGUCAAUUAAAAUAUUUUGUGGUGUUCCUGCCCAUGAAAAAAAGUUUGGGUGGUGUUUACAAUCAUUCAGGGAACACAAUAGUUUAUCUAUUAUCUCUCAAGUGUAUGUAUGUUUUUAUAUGUUCUCUUUUGACGCACUGUAUUGUACAUUAAUAUUAAAUUACUCCACGUCCAGUACUGUGAAAGUUGCCAAAGGUGUGCUUUUAUUAUAUAGCCUAUAUAUUGUAAGAUGUACCUAUGUGUGAGUAUAUACAAUAUAACCCAGAUAGGUUGUCUUGUAUUGCCACUAGACAAUAAAGCCUUGUUUAAU